CAUAGUCCACUGUGAGGAUCACAUCACACUUGGACGAGAGUGUUGUUGGAUUACGACAACGACGUGGUGUUUCGUGUUGGCAGUCAUUUCAGUCCGAAUUGUAGACUUGAACGGUUUUGAGCUUUGAUGACCAUCAGGUGUUAGUCUCGUGUUGAUUGUGAAUUCCGUCUGGCUGUAGGAAUUGAAUGAACUCUCGCGACGAGAAACAUUUCUGUGUGUUCCGGCGACAGCGGACGGGUAGUUUUUGGAAUUUCGAAUCAAUUCUUCUCCUCACUUGUGUCCAAUAUUGUUGAGUUUCCUUGAAUAUGUUGUGUUUCCCUGAUGCACUUGGGUUGAGAUUGUUCUGAGAGCGUGAUGGCGUUGAAAUUAUUGGUUCAGAAUUUGAUGUUCUGCUUCAGCUUCUGCUCCGUUCUACGCCUCACUACUAGAUAACCAUGUACCGUAAGAAGUACCUUAAAUGAUCUCUCCUUUCAAAAUGGAACAAUACUUUAGGGAAUUUACGACAUAAGUUUGGUUGAACUCCGAUUGGUGUCUUGCUAGCUUACUGGUCGAUCCCGCUUCGUUCAGCCUGCUAGGCAAUCUGUCGAUGUCCUGAAGGAUAUCGCGAAGAGGGUCUGUCAGAAUGGCGCUCCCUCCGUAUGCAUACAUACUGAUCGUUUUUUUCGGGCUCGUGAUUCUUGGAACUAUUGCGCUCUGCCUGCUCGGAUGCCUGGGCGUGCGAUGGUGCUGUAAGCUCACCAACAAGCUGGACAACAAACGUCAGCCCUACGCUGUGCCACCAGGGUUUUCUCUCCAGCCACUGCACAACAUCAGAGUGGAUCCUCCGAUACCGCCUGAGCAGACUGCUGGGGUUGCAGCGGAGAAUGCUUUCUUGGAUGCUCUGCCCGGCCUCCCCCAUAGAUACUCUUACCGUGACUUGGAGACGGCAACGAAGGGGUUCAAAAUAAUCCUCGGAGAAGGUGGUUCAGGUGAAGUUUAUUACGGUGAGUUUCCUGGUGAAACCGAAGUGGCAGUGAAGAGGCUGCAGAGCGCCAUCCAGGGGGACAAGGAAUUUCGAACUGAAGUUGCCACCAUUGGCAACAUCCACCACAUCAAUCUCGUGCGAUUACGGGGCUUUUGCCUCGAAGGAAUCCACAGGCUGCUCGUCUACGAGUAUAUGAAAAAUGGCUCCCUGGAUCAGUGGUUAUUUCGUAACGACUCCAAGAGAUUCCUGGACUGGCCGACGCGAUUCAACAUUGCACUGGGAACAGCGAAAGGACUAGCUUACCUUCAUCACGAUUGCCAGGAGAGGAUCGUGCACUUGGACAUUAAGCCUCAGAACAUUUUGUUGGACGAUAUGUUCAACGCUAAGGUGUCUGAUUUUGGCCUAGCGAAGCUGAUGAGCAGAACGGAUACUAGCCAGGUCGUGACACAAAUGCGAGGGACUCCAGGGUAUCUAGCACCGGAAUGGCUACUUUUCUCCGCGGUGACGGACAAGAGCGACGUAUACAGCUAUGGAAUGGUGCUUCUCGAGAUUCUCAGCGGCCGCAAGAACGUCAGCCCUGAAGAAAGCGAGGUGGAGAAGCAGUACUUUCCUCGAUGGGCCUGCAGGAAAAUAGAAGAAGGCGGCAGCAUUGACGAGAUUGUCGAUGCACAACUCGGCUCGUUAGGUGAGCUUGAUUUGCAGCAAGCAGAUCGAGUUCUUCGUGUCGCCAUGGUCUGCAUUCAGGAGGACAUGCUAGCAAGGCCAUCGAUGCCCAUGGUGGUGCAAAUGCUGGAAGGGCUGAUCCAAAUCCCCCUGCCACCUCCUCUACCGAUGAAAUUCGCUCUCAACACGCAGUUUGCUCGGAUACUGGAUCUCAAUACGCAGUCUGCACUGAACUUCUCCAGCAUCCAUAUUUUGUCAGACCCCAGUUCGGCAGCACCCUCAACACAGUUCGCUGAUCCAAGAUAACCUCUACCAGCGUGCACCAGUGUGCACCCACAGCGACCUCUGCACUGCAAACACAACGAACCUGCUCAUCUAAGCAUUUCGCAGCAACGAAGUGCUUGGGAGCUCCACUUUGAUUCACGAGGUGUGGUUCUCAACACCAUGCUUGACCCGAUUGUCGUUUCCAAGGAAUCGAACAUUUUGCAAAAUCUGACAUCUCGACUCCGCAACAUCUCCACCAACAUGGUCGCUAAGUCAGGGAUUUUGUGGUCUUUCAUCGCCUUGCCAAAUAUCUACUUCUGAACAUGUCUGCACAGGCAUUUUGAGGGAGAUCUCUGUGUGCCCACCAUUUUGUCUUCAUUUUGAAGUAAUUACUCAAUCUGAUGAACCAUGUUGUGCAAAAUUCGUCAACAAUUCCACAUGCAUGGGAAUGCGAAGUCGGCCUGUGAAGAGUUGAAAUGCACUAAACAGCGGUGGAUGUUUUAGUUGGAAUAUGAGACCAAGGAAUGCAUAUUCUUAGAGGAUGAUUACUCUUCAACUAGAAUCUGGAGAGGGUUACUCUCCAAAGCAUUCAAAGGAGGGUGUAGCUUUUCCCCCCUUGAUAUGGAAGUUGUAUUCUCUGAUAAUUGCUUUGUGGAAACACAUGCUGAAUUUUGGCAUUCUUUGAGAAUAAUUUCCACAUUAUUUUCUUGCUU